AUGAGCAAUCCAGAUCUCGGAGACAACGAUCUCAACGAUGUCAACGAGAACGCAAUGAACAGUCUGAACGAUAUCGAUUCCGCCUCGGACUCAGACUCGGAUUCGAACUCGGACUUUUCUGGAUCCAACGCAUCCAACUCGCAGCCUGAUCGUUCCAUUUCUUCCUCUGCAUCAGGCCACGACGAGUUCGACGCGGUUCUCGACUCCAUGAGCCAGCAAAUGCAGUCCUCCUCCUCCUCCUCCGAUCAAUCCCUCCCCGAAACCGAAUCUUCCAACUGCCAGAACACGCCUCUCGCCGAAAGCGUUUCGAAAUCGAGUCUUUUUCGCUUAACCGAUUUCGACUGCAGCGAAUCCAACGAGGGCUGGGAGCAAGCGAUCCCUCCGCCCGCCACAAACUCAACGCGAGCCAAGCGACUCUGGCUGAAGCGUCGCAACCUUCUCUUAGAAUUCGCAGACCACCAGAACAACUUCGAUCUCAGCGACCCCAACAGCAAAUACAUCGUCUUCUGGCCGAUAUUCGCGGGGAUCGGGAACAAUCUCGCGGUCUUCGCGGAAGUAAUGCUGAUCGCGAUGCGCUCCAACCGCAAGUUUUUAGUGUACGACUGGGACACGCUGCGUAGCUACUUCUACCUGCCGUUCCAAUUCGAGGUGAUCACCGAGAAAGUCUGGGAGCGCGACCCCGACACGUUAAUCGUCGAAAAGACCAACCAAUGUCCGUUUAGCCCGGUCGACGCGUGUCACGGCAAGGUCGAUGCGAAGUUCAUCGUCAUGCGGUCGACCUGCCUCACCGUGCAGCAGCUCAUCAAAGAGCGCAGCGAUAAAUCCUGGAUCACCGAUCGCGGAAUCAUGGCCAAAACGCUCGUAGCCCCGCAGGAAAUGGUCCAUCACGUGCUCCGCUUCCUCUACCGCGAGGCCAUGACGCCUCGGCCCUGGGUGCAGGCGCAGAUCGCUUCGUUCCAAGCGCGCGUGCAGUGGGAGAGCCAUUAUGUGAUCGGGAUCCACGUCCGAACCGGCGGAAUGGGCCAUGAAGGCACGCGCUGGGGCCGCUUUUUGAACGAAAAAGACGUGGCUGUGUUCAAGGCGUACGCGUCGUCGCUCACGAACUCGUUCCAGAACGGAGCGGCGCAGGGAAUGAAUCUGCGACGCGCGGAUCCGAACGAACGCGAUCGCAUUGAGGUGAAAAUGAAGGCGAAGCUACCGGUGCUGUGGUAUGUGGUGUCGGAUCAGGACGCGCAGAAGGACGCGUGGAAGGAGGAGUUCGGGGAGAUGGUGGCGUUUACGCAGUGUGAAAUGAAGCAUACGAAUAAAGGAAGGCAGAAGAAGGCUGAUCCGGGGUUCACGUGUGCGCUCUUGGAGAAUUAUCUGCUGAGUCUGGCGGACACGAUGGUGUUGACGACGCGGUCUACUUAUGGCUAUCUCGCAAGACAUCGCACCAACGUCCCGUUCGUGACCGUGGAUUUGGGGGAUUAUCAGAAGUGGGCGAAGAUGACCCGGGCGCAGAAGGAGGUGGUGCCGCUGUCGACCUGGACGACUUUUUUGGGGAUGUGGAUUUUGGAGGAUUUGAGCUCUCCGGGUAGAAAAGAAGUAUAUGCUCUUUUGCGGGAAAUGGACGAUUGGGCGUGGUUCCUGUUUGAAAUGUUUGUUUUGGGUUAUCAAAUAGCGUCGACAAUCCGUAUCUCCCAAAGCGCGAUUUCCCGCCAGCAUAUCUGUCUGGAAGUCGACAAUCAUUAUGACGCAUCCGAGCCGUCCUCAGUAAUGAAGUUAAGCAUUCAAGACAUGAAUACAAAGCAUGGGUCGAAAUGGAAUCAAAUCCCAUUUAAAUCAAUCACUCUUACGAAAGCGGACGAGUGCGGGGUUCUCUCUCUUACGAGUUCGUAUAGUUUUCAAAUAUCAUGGGAGCCGUUUGUAAUCUGCUUUUCACGUGUUCCUGCGCCGCAACGUAAGACACUCCAAGCGAAGUGCAAGCAGCUCGGAGCCCAUUAUCUCAAAUCCUAUCAACCAAAGGAAGUUCAGUACUUGAUCGUCGAGGACGCUUUCGAAAUCACUGGCAAACUACUCCAAGCCCUCAUCGACUGCGCGUUUAUCGUCACUCCGACCUUCAUCGAUGCGCUCCUUCCUAUCUCGAACUCAUCUUCUUCUACUUGUCUGCUUCUUCUUCUUCCAAAUCCUCUUCAUUUCGCUCCCAAACAAUCCACCUUCCCUAUCGACACAUCGCCCCUUCCCAAACGCGCGUCUCUCUUCCAUUCUUUCACUUUUCAUUUCCUUUCCACGUCCAGUCCCUACAUCGAAAUCGUUCGGUCCGCUCAAGGCGCCGUUCAUCUCGAAGAAGCGAGUUUUCCGGCGUCUUCCGAUUCGUUUUUCGUGGUUUUUAAGGAGGUGGAGAACUCGUCGGAGUCGGUUUUGACGGACACGCAGACGGUGAUGAUGAGCCGAUCGCUGGCUGAAGACGUGCUGGAAUGGGUGCAGAAGGGGUGGAUGCCGCUGGAAGAGCAGGAAGUGAUGAAAGAGAGAAGGAAAGGGAAAAAGCGAUGA